UCUUAGUGUUUAUUGUCACGUGGAUAAGCAUUUUAUUCAAAAUUGCAAAGUGUAUUAGAAAUGAAGAGAUACUGGUGUCAUUCGUUAAGCAAUCAGAAGAAUUAGAGGAUACUUCGGUCUAAUUAGAUCCAUGGGCCAUGCGGACUCAAAACGUCUGCCUCGCUGGUGGUUCGGCGGCGUCUGCUCGGCCAUCGCAGUGACCGCCACCCAACCAUUGGACCUCAUUAAGGUGCAGCUGCAGACGCAGGCGAAAGCGGACCGGAAGCCCUUCACUGAGAUCGUCGGCAAUAUCUAUGAGCAAGGCGGCUUAAAGGCGUUCUAUAAUGGCAUCUCGGCCUCCUGGUUUCGCCAGCUUACCUACACCACCGCCCGCUUUGCCCUGUAUGAGUGGGGCAAGAAGUAUGUCGAUGCCGAGAGCGUACGUGCCAAGGUGGGCCUAGCCACAUUCGCCGGCCUCUGCGGAGGAUUUGUGGGCGUGCCCGGAGAUGUGGUCACAGUGCGACUGCAAAACGACAGUAAGCUGCCGCCGGAACAGCGACGAAACUACAAACAUGUCUUCGACGGUCUAUUCCGCAUCUACAAGGAGGAGGGUGUGCACAGCCUCUUCCGCGGCUCACUGCCUGCCGUUUCGAGAGCCGUACUCCUGACCAUUGGAACCAAUGCAUCUUACGACCAGGUGAAACAAAUGAUCAGGUCAGCCACCGCAGCGGCUGAUGGGCUGCCGUUGCACUUGGCCACGUCCACAAUAGCCGGCUGCAUUGCCGUCACAAUAAUGCAACCUCUUGAUGUUAUGAAGACGACGUACAUGAACGCCAAGCCGGGCGAGUUCUCUGGAAUCAGCGGCGCCUUCUGGAGCAUCGCCCAGCAGGGACCAAUGGCCUUUUACCGUGGAUUCAUCCCGGCACUGAUUCGCGUCUGUCCCAACACGAUUAUUACUUUUAUUCUAUACGAGCAGGCAAGACUGCACUUUGGCUAUCAGCCGUCGGAUGACAAGUGACCCAGACGGGAGCCAUGUAGGAUCCAUUCGUGACCCACAGUUUUAAGCUAUUUAUAAAUUCCCUUCGUAAACUUUUA